CACCUUCCUACUAAGAUUCCAUGCCUCACUUCUCCCCACAUUUCUCUCACUACCUCUCUAACUUCUCUUUCUCAUUCUCAAUUCCUUUUUUUUCUUCUUUCACUGCCUUCAAUUUUCCUUUUCACUCCUAGGUUAUCCAAUUGGAGUGAUUUAAAUUUCAAUUUUGAGGGGAAUUCUUUCGCUUCAGGCGCUUUAAUACUGAAUUUCUGGAGAUUUUUUGGGUUUUCCAUUCCCGGGUAUUCUAAUUGAAGUGAUCGAAGUUUCAAACCUUGAGAUCAUUAUUAUAAUUAUUUUUUAAAGGUUUCAAAGUUUGUGUUUUCAAAAAUUAAUUUUGGGGAAUGGGUAUGUGAAAUUUGGUCUUCUGAAUUCUGGGUUUUGAAAUUGAGGUGAAAAAGUUGUCGAAUUGGAGAGAAAAAUCGUGUUUUAUUUUUUUUAAUUAUUAUUUUUGGGUACUGUGUGUACGAAAUAGGUAUUGGGGGGAAGAGAUAGUGAGAUUGUGAAAGGUGUGUGGUGUGUGAGAAUGCCAGCGACGGACUUCCAAGGUUCGUCUCCUUCAUCGUUAACCCAUUUCGGCCGUUCAAUUCUGAGUUUUCGUCGCGAACAGGUUCACUCCAUUUCCAUGGAAGGGUCAAGCUUGGAGGCUGAGUUGGAGUCUUUUCAGCAACACGUCACUGACCGGUUCUCAGAACUCUCUUCGGUUGGUAACGACGAUUUGCUUUCACUCUCGUGGCUUGGGAAGCUCCUUGAUUGCUUCUUCUGUUGCCAACAGGAGUUCAGGGCCAUUCUGGAAACCCACAAAACACAGGCUCUGAGACCCCCCUUGGAUCGCAUGGUGUCCGAUUAUUUCGAGCGCAGUGUGAAGGCCUUGGAUGUUUGCAAUGCAAUUCGUGACGGGAUUGAGCAGAUUCGCCAAUGGCAGAAGCUGUUGGAGAUUGUGCAAUGUGCAUUGGGGCACCAGAGGAGCAUUGCCGAGGGCCAAUUUCGAAGAGCUAAGAAAGCCCUUACUGAUUUGGUAAUUGGUAUGCUUGAUGAUAAUAAGGAUUCCAAUGCCUCUAUUGCGCAUCGAAACCGAUCCUUUGGCCGCAGCAGUGGUGGUAGUAGAGAUCAUCACCAUAAUCAUGGCCAUAGCCAUGGCCACAAUCAUAGUAACAAUGCUAACUACCACCAUCGCUCCUUGGGCCAUUUUCGUUCGCUUUCGUGGAGUGUUUCCAGGACUUGGUCUGCUGCUAGGCAGCUCCAAGCAAUUGGGAACAACAUCUAUCCACCUAAGGCCAAUGACAUUGUGGCCUCUGGUGGCCUUGCAAUGCCUGUGUUCAUCAUGAAUUCGAUUCUCUUGUUUGUUAUGUGGGUCCUUGUGGCUGCAAUUCCAUGCCAGGACCGUGGAUUAAAUGUUCAUUUCACCAUUCCUAGGAGUUUCUCAUGGGCCGUUUCGCUGCUCUCGCUUCACGAAAGGAUCAUGGAGGAGUCCAAGAAGCGAGAGCGUAAGAAUACAUGUGGCUUGCUCAGGGAGAUUCAUCAGAUUGAGAAAUGUGCUAGGUUGAUGAAUGAAUUGGCUGACUCUGUGCAAUUCCCCUUGACGGAGGAGAAAGAAAAGGAGGUUAGACUUAUAGUGCAGCAACUUUCACAAGUUUGUGAUGCUUUGAAAGAUGGAUUAUACCCUUUGGAGCGCCAAGUGAGGGAGGUGUUUCAUAGAAUUGUGCGCAGCCGAAUGGAAGGGCUUGAUUCUCUUGGCAGGCCAAGCUUUGCUGAUUAACUUGUUACCUCCGUCAUCCAUUUGUGGGUGUUGUUAUGAAAAUAGAAGUUGAGAUGAUAUGAUAUAAUAGCCUAGUUUUGCUUCCGUUGAAUUAGAAAACUACAAAAUGAAGAAGCAAUUACCGGAGGAGAUUAAAAGUUGAAGAAUGACAAAGGCUGAAGAUUAUGCUAACAAUGAAGUGGUAAGAGAGAGGAUUCUUGUACCUAAAAAUCAUAUAAAAUGUAUAGAAUGUAGGAUAUUUGAAAUGGAUCCUAGGGGUCUAUGUUGCUUUUGUUUUUCUCUUUAAUUUGCUGCAUCCUCAUUGUAGCUGAUUUUGUUUAUGAAUAUGUAUUUGAUAAAUCUCCUUCUGCUUCUUAUACUUUCAUUUGUGUUUCCAAGAGAAGAUUAUUGUAAAUUGUUGACUUCCUUUGGAGUA